AUGUGCUCAUAUUGUCACCGAAGUUACUGACCGAAAAGAAACUGCUUUUCUCUAGGUUGGCCUAUCCACAAAGAGCUAUCGCAUAGUGCUUCCGUGUAGAAUAGUCUACCUCAGAGAGCGCUGUCACCCGGAAGGGCGGUACCUAGUUAAGUUAUGUAGAACAGGUUAGUUCAUGGUUCACCUCAAAACAUGCUUCGCUGUUUGUGGAAAGUUUCCGAAAUACGCGCUGAACGUUCCGUCAUUCACCCACACACUCCUUGAACUUGCAAUGGUCUUAUUGAAGAUUUAUGUCAGUAGCCUUGCCUACAUAGAAAAACAAAAAUUACCAGUGGCAGCACACAUAUGGUCACGCCGCUCUUUUUUCUGUUUAUGGAAGGACGAAUAGCGUAGCCUAUUGACUACAGUAAGAAAAAAGAAAAUCGUCGGUAAAAGGAGCGAAAGCCACCUUGUUUCAGCUUUGUUAAAAGGACCUAUCGUCAAAAGGUCCUUAACUCACACACCUAGGAGUCCCCCUCUCCUCCCCACAUUGUGCUUGGCCCCACCAUGAGCGUGCAGCCUCGGAGGAUCCGUCUGAAGCCUUGGCUGUUAGCCCAGGUGAACAGCGGAAGGUACCCAGGCUUGCAAUGGCUCGGUCAGGACCAGCGGCUCUUCCAGAUUCCAUGGAAACAUGCCACGAGACACCUGCCCACCACUGAGGAAGAGAACACUAUCUUCAAGGCCUGGGCUCUGGAGACAGGGAAGUACCAGGAGGGUCUGGAUGAGCCUGACCCAGCCAAAUGGAAGGCCAACCUGCGCUGUGCUCUCAACAAGAGCCGUGAGUUCAAACUGAAAUACGACGGUACCAAGGAGACCCCCGUUCAGCCCGUUAAGAUCUACGAGGUGUGCGACCAGCCCUACAAUGGAGACACAGUUGAUGAAGAUGAUGAAGAGAUGCCAAAUAUUGUUGAACUCUCUAUUGACCCCAGGAUAAGUGCUGUACACAGCGUUCCUUUCACCCACAUGCACCCCGCUGUCAACGGGGGCCUGACUGUUGGAGAGGAACUCCCUCCACCAAUCAUGGCUCCUCCAGAGUUUCCUUCCCACAUCCCAUUGGAACAUGGGGGCUUUAUACACUCGGGACCCACGGGACCCUCCAAUGAGAUGGCCGGAGGGGGCAUGCCUCCUGUGGUCACAGAGGUGCCCCCCAUGGUGCCUUCCGAACCACCCGUGGCUCCGAUUGCCCCUAACUCUGCUACAGUGGAGGCCAUGGCUGGAGUCCAGAACCAGGAAGAGGGCCAGGCUGGAUUCCCCUACAAAUAUGACCUGCUGAACAGUCUGCCAUUGACUGACCUGGAUAUGAAGUUCCAGUACCGGGGUCGCAUGAUGGGCUCCCUGACGGUCAGUAACCCCCAGGGCUGCCGGCUCUACUACGGGCACCUGGAGCCCACACCAGAGCAGGUGGACCUGUUUGGCCCAGUCACCCUCAACCAGGUCCUCUUCCCCGGCUCGGCUGACAUCCAGAACGAGAAGCAGAGGUUCUACACUGAGCAGCUGCUGGACGUGAUGGACCGAGGCCUCAUCCUGGAGAUCUGGGAGCAGGACAUAUAUGCUAUAAGGCUCUGCCAAUGUAAGGUGUACUGGUCUGGGCCCGGUGUGGAUGAGCAUGGGCCUCCCAACCCUAUGGAGAGGGAAAGGAAGUACAAGGUUUUCAGCCUCAAUAACUUCCUGCAUGGGCUCAUCUUGUUCCAGAAAGGGGAAGCUCCAACCCCUCCCCCUUUCGAGCUCUACUUCUGCUUUGGAGAGGAUUGGCCCGAUCAACGGAAACCCAAGGAGAAGAAGCUCAUCAUUGUGCAGGUGAUUCCAGUGGUGGCUCGGAUCCUGACGGAGAUGUUUUCCGGAGAGCUGUCCUGGUCCACAGACAGCAUCCGACUGCAGAUCUCCAACCCAGAUAUGAAGGACCACACUGUGGAGCAGUUCAAGGAGCUCCAGAGGCUCCUUCAAAGCCAAUAUGGGCAGGGACCGUGGGCCACCAACGCACCCUGAAUCUGGUGACUUUUGCUGGGUCCUCAACAGGUCCUUGGUCAUGGCUACAUGACCAAGUUAUAGGCCCACUUGGAGUCUUAUCUGGAAGGAGUGGACUGCUGAUACACUUACAUGGGGGUUAAUGGCACACUGCAACUAAGGAACUCUUUUUUUUUCCUCAGAGCCUCUUUCUGGUUCUAAAGUAGACACAGUCAAUUGAGUUCUUCAUCAGUCCCAUACAUCUUUCCAUCCUAAACCCAAGCCUUAGACCCAUAAGCGCUGUAGCUCUUCCAAACUCUUCCUGCUUCCACACACUCAUCAUACCCAGACUGCUCUUUUAACCCCUAUUGUGAAAAUUGUAGCUUUAUCCUUGAUGUUCUUUGGUCCCUUAAUAUUUGUCUAUUUUGAAUUUCAAUAGCUACCGUUGCAGUAUUUUUUUUCUCAGAUGGAAGGUAUUACUUCAUCUUCCCUCAGUUAUCAUCCAUUUUCUUUUACAUCCACACUUAACUGUCGAUCUGGAAAUGCAUGCAUUGUUACUGGCGUUUGUCAAAGUUAGAUACCAAUGAUACUCUGCCAAAAUGUGUUUUAAGCCAUACAUGACAAAUAUUGUAAUGUUAUAUUUUUAAUAAAUACAUUGUGAAUACAUUCAA